AUGUGCACAUUAAGGGGUGUUUGGAUAUUAAAAGAGAAUAAUAAUAAUGGAGUUGAUAUAAUUUUAACAAAAAGAAUAAAUACUGUUGAAUGUAGAGUAAGAGCAUUAUCAGGAUUAAACUAUAAACCAAUUCCAAGUGACAGUGAGUUAUUACAAUUGUUUAAUACAGAAUUAUUAAAAGAUUCACAAGGUUACCAAAUUGAAUCUCAACAAACCAGUAGCAACACCAAUAAUACCACCACUACCACUGCAUCAAGUCAAUCACUUUUAUCACAAUCAUUACAAAACAAACAAAUACAACAGCAACAGCAAACUACAAUUUCAACAAAUGCAUCGACCUUAGUUAAAAUAUAUCAAUCCACCCCAAAUACCCAUAUUAUAUCUUUGGGGAAAGAUAAACUGUGGCCAUUCAUUUACAUUAAAAAGAAAAACUAUUAUUAUGUUACAAUAGCCGUAGUUGAGGAAUAUUUAGUAUCAAAUAAAAAACCCUUACUUAUCGAUCUACCCCAAAUAACAGCAGCAUUGAACUUUUUAGAAGAAAUUUCAAACUAUAUGAUAGGAUUUUUUAAUAAGCCACCACCUUACCCGGAAAUACAAAUUUUUUUAACUAAUAUUAUACCAUUUGGACAACCAAUUGAUACCAAUUUCAACAAUAUUAAGUCAAUGAUAAGACAGGGUUUUCCUGCAACAGAAACAUUUCAACAAAAAAGACCAGCAUGGAAACCAUUUUUACAUAAAGGAAAGCAACAAUUGGAUUUUAUUAUUUGCGAAAAUAUUCAAUGUAUAUUAUAUGACAAUCCAAGUAUACCUGAUGUAUCAAAAAUAUCAGGAUCAUUAAUCUGCAAAGCUGAUUUAGAAGGUAUGCCAGAGGUUUCAUUUUACUUUUUACCAAGCCCAAAUAGCGAUUCGAUGAUAUCAAAUUUAUCCAUAGACUCAUCCGUACAAACCACAUCCGAUAUAACCAUAAACAACAAAAUAUCAUUUUGUCCACCAUUAGACCAUUUUAAGGUGUUAUCAUAUGGUGUAUCUGGUGUCAAGGCUGUCCCAUUAAGAGGCUUUUAUCAAAUGAAGGAGAUAUCUGUAAAUAGUGUAAAAAUAUUAAUUCAAUUAAAACUAAAUGGUGAAAUGAACAAUUCAUUUGACUACUGUCUAUUAAAGAUCCCAUUUAAAAACAGAGGUAAUAUUCUUCAAGUUAAUGCAUCUCCAACCACCGGUACCGUUCAUAUCGACUCAUCAUUAAAAUCAAUAAUUUGGAACGUUGGUCAAAAGUUCACUGGUCGUAAUUUAGAAGUAGCCUUACCCGCCGAAAUUGUAUUCACAAGUAAUACCCAGCCACCAAUCCCUCCUACUCUUAUUGUAAGCGGUGGUAGUGGAAGUCAAAACGUUACAGCUUUUCCAAAUUUAGCAUUCCCCAUUAUAGACCAAUCAUCAUCCGAUGUUGAUGAUCCUCUCGAUAAAGAUCCAUUUUGUAUAGGUUCAAAUUCAUAUAUUAGAAUAUUUUUUAAAAUUCAAAGUUGUACAUUAAGUGGUUUAAAUAUAGACACAAAAAAAGUUAUCAUCUAUCCAACUACUAAAUUUAAAUUAAAUGUUGAAAGAGAAAUCGUUAGUAAUGACUAUGUUAUUUGGAACUCAUUGGGUAGUUCAAAAUACUCAUACCAACCAAAUUCUUUAGUAAUAAAAUAA